GUCGCCGAGGCCGCGCGGAGGGCGGGCCCGUGGGGCCCUGAGCCCCCGAGGCGCGCGUGUGCUGGGCCUGGGUUAACGGCUGCGGGCGAGGCCCGUGCACCGCGGCGCACCAAGGCCAGGCGCCGCGCCGGCUUCCUCGUGGGGAGCGGCCUCCGCAGUGGGGUCGCCCCCCUCCCCACGGCCUGGCGAGGACUGGGCGCGGGAGGGGAGCGUGACGGCCCCGGGCGCCGACCCUUCGGCUAGGCAUGUCGGUGACCCUGAGGCUCCGGGGUCCGGCCGUGGGGAAGGCCGGGCGCGCGCGGUCACCUGGACAGACAGGGAGGGAGGGUGCAGGGGGACGGCGAGAUCGUGGGGGACCCGCCCGCUUCUCUCCUAGUCAGACGCCGUCCUUGGAAAAGAUGGAAGGCCAGGAGCGGCCGGCGCCCCCCGCCAGCCUGUUUGCGGACGGGCACCUGGUCCUGUGGACGCUGUGCUCGGUGCUGCUGCCCGUGUUCAUCACCUUCUGGUGCAGCGUCCAGCGGUCGCGCCGGCAGCUGCACCGCAGGGACAUCUUCCGCAAGAGCAAGCACGGCUGGCGCGACACGGACCUGUUCAGCCAGCCCACCUACUGCUGUGUGUGCGCGCAGCACAUCCUGCAGGGCGCCUUCUGCGACUGCUGUGGGCUGCGCGUGGACGAGGGCUGCCUCAAGAAGGCCGACAAGCGCUUCCCCUGCAAGGAGAUCAUGCUCAAGAGUGACAGCAAGGCCGUGGACGCCAUGCCCCACCACUGGAUCCGGGGAAACGUCCCCCUGUGCAGUUACUGUGUGGUUUGCAAGCAGCAGUGCGGCAACCAGCCCAAGCUCUGCGAUUACAGGUGCGUUUGGUGUCAGAAAACAGUACAUGAUGAGUGUAUGAAAAAUAGCUUAAGGAGUGAAAAGUGUGAUUUUGGAGAAUUCAAAAACCUCAUCAUUCCACCAAGUUAUUUAACCUCCAUUAAUCAUAUGCGUAAAGACAAAAAAACAGAUUAUGAAAUGCUCGCCUCUAAACUUGGAAAGCAAUGGACUCCAUUAAUAAUUCUGGCCAACUCUCGUAGUGGAACUAACAUGGGAGAAGGAUUGCUGGGAGAAUUCAGGAUCCUCCUAAAUCCCGUCCAGGUUUUUGAUGUUACUAAAACUCCCCCCAUCAAAGCCCUACAGCUUUGUGCUCUUCUUCCCUAUGACUCAGCUCGAGUGCUUGUCUGUGGAGGGGAUGGGACUGUCGGCUGGGUCCUGGAUGCCCUUGACGAAAUGAAGAUUAAGGGACAAGAGAAAUACAUUCCACAAGUUGCAGUCUUGCCUCUGGGAACAGGCAAUGAUCUGUCCAAUACCUUGGGGUGGGGAACAGGUUAUGCGGGAGAAAUCCCAGUUGCACAAGUCUUAAGAAACGUGAUGGACGCAGAUGGAAUUAAACUAGAUAGAUGGAAAGUUCAAGUAACAAAUAAAGGAUACUACAACUUAAGAAAACCCAAGGAAUUCACAAUGAACAACUAUUUUUCUAUUGGACCUGAUGCUCUCAUGGCCCUCAAUUUUCACGCGCAUCGUGAGAAGGCCCCAUCUCUGUUUUCUAGCAGAAUUCUUAAUAAGGCUGUUUACUUAUUUUAUGGAACCAAAGAUUGUUUAGUGCAAGAAUGUAAAGAUUUGAAUAAAAAAGUUGAGCUAGAGCUGGAUGGUGAGCGAGUAGAACUGCCGAAUUUGGAAGGCAUCAUCGUUCUGAAUAUCGGCUACUGGGGUGGCGGCUGCAGACUGUGGGAAGGGAUGGGGGACGAGACUUACCCUCUAGCCAGGCAUGAUGAUGGUUUAUUGGAAAUCGUCGGAGUAUAUGGGUCUUUCCACUGUGCUCAGAUUCAAGUGAAACUGGCAAAUCCUUUUCGAAUAGGACAAGCACAUACAGUGCGACUGAUCUUGAAGUGCUCAAUGAUGCCAAUGCAGGUCGAUGGGGAGCCGUGGGCCCAGGGGCCCUGCACCGUCACCAUAACCCACAAGACACAUGCACUGAUGCUGUAUUUCUCUGGAGAGCAAACGGAUGACGACGUCUCUAGUGCUUCAGAUCAAGAGGAUACAAAGGAGACUGAGUAGAUGGAGGAGGACGUGAGGACUUGUGUAGAAUCCUCGCAGACAACUAGAUACCCAUUCAUCCAAAAAAGAACUGUCAACUAGCUUAGUCUUCAUUUCAUCAAUAGUAGAGUGGGUAUACAUCUAUGUACAUAACAUUCCAAAAACAGCCAGACCUCCGGGUGUUCACAAAUGCCUGGCCUUUUUGCGGCAAACACUUAGACCGUCCAGCACGAGCAAAGUCAGAACGCUCCACGAAGGCUCCGUGUCUGUGGGUAGGCUCGCUGACGUACCGUCCAGCAUGAGCAAAGUUCCAGAACGCUCCACGAAGGCUCCGUGUCUGCGGGUAGGCUUGCUGACGUGCGCACUCCCUCCUGGUCCUUAUUCUUGAGCCACACAGUGGGUUGGACACGUAUACCCAGCAAGGUGUGGGUGGAAAAUCAUUGCCAUUUUAAUGUGGAAUGUGAUGACACUGUAAAUUUAAAAAUGACUUGCUGUUUUGAAAGGAGAUGGUUGGUGUUACACCAGCAUGGUUCAUGCUGGGCAGCCUCCUAUAGCACGCCUCUUAAGACUUCUUGCAGCCCAGCACCAAGUGAACACAUAAAUAUCUAUUUCCAGGAAACCCUAAAAGGAGAAAUGUAAAAGGAAGGCAACACUCGGAUUUUUUGUUUUAAAUUUUGUUGUUUUUUUUUUUAAAGGACACUUUCAGUCUCCUACUGUUGUUUGGUUAACUCUGUUAAUGACCGAGUUGAGCUGAAAUCGGCCAUCUUGUUAUACUCCAGAAUAUCCGAAAGGGGACCACCUAGGCAAGUUGUAAAAGUCAACAUUCAGAGCACUUUGCAUUGAAAGUUACAAGUUUCAGGACUUCCCUGACAUUCUAGUGGUUAAGACUCCAUGCUUCCACUGCGGAGGGUAUGGGGUUCAACCCCAGGUCUGGGAACUAAGCUCUUGCAGAGUGGCAGUCAAAAAAAAAGUUACAAGUUUCAAAUUGGACUGUUCACCAACUUCUCUUUUGAUUAAAAGACAGUGUCAACAAUUCAAAAAAAAAAUUUACCAGUCAGGUUAAUUGCUCAAAACAAGUUCAGUAUUGAUUGAUACAUUUUAAAAAUUUGGUGGUCUUACAGUAACAGGAGUAUAUCCAAAGUACUUAACAGAAUUUCCCAUGGGGAAAUGGAUAUAGAAUCCUCUGCUAAAAUGUUUAUAUCAUAUUUAUUUUAAAAUGAGAGAUAUAUUUUUUUAACUUAUUUAUUUUCUUCACCGUGGUAUACCUGUGUUUAGUGUUUACAAUAUGUUGCUUUAUUUAAUAAGUUAAGUUGAUCAUAAAUUCUGCUACUCACAGAUAGAAAUGUAGCCUAAGUAAUAAUUAAAACCCAUACUUCUUCUGAUAGAUAUAUUAUCUGGAUACUCUCAUUCUUCAGAAAUAUUCCGAGGGUGCUCCUCAGCUGCUCCCCAACCUGCUCCCUCAGGUUCCACAGCAAGGCCGCCCCAGGGGGCCCCCAGCCUGGUUAUUUUUAGGACAGAUGGCCCAUUUGUGGAUUUGGUGGUCUUUUAUGCCAUUAAUCUGUGAAGAGCUAGAAUGUAUCUUCCACCAAACACCAUUAGCUCCCCUGAAAGAUCUGUGAAUGCAUCUGUCGUCUAUUACGAGUUGCCAGAAACUUAAAUUUCAGUCACCUUCAGGCCCAGGCCAUGUUUUGAAGGAACAACUAAGAAAUGUAUACAGUAGUGGUCAGUUACAUUAGAAUGCUUUUAUUCUGCUUAAAUUAAUCUGUUCCAGAUCUCAAUGUGAGCAGCUAAAUUCUAAUAUUAUAAGGUUCUGUGAGAAGAUCUGUUUUCACCUACUCGCACGCCAUUCCCAGAAGUUGCCUGUGGUGGUGGUUGGCAGGGUCUGCAGAUUUUCUUUCAUGGGCUGAUCAUGUUUUCAGUAUAACGAGCUUCAUUCAUAAUUUGUGGUCAAAAUUGUUACCGAUACCACAUUUUACAAACACACUGUUAGAUUCACUUUGCUUUAGGCCAUAUUUUAUCUAUAAUUCAUAGCGCUAAUUAUAGAAUAAUCAAAGUAAAUAGUUAAUAGGGGUAUCAGAAUUAAAAUAAUCAAAAUAACUAUAUAGUGUUUUUUUAUUUUUAAACCUGUAUUCUAGCUAUAAUAUUACAUUGGAUUUAGAACAGUCUUAUAAAAACACCCUCAUUUACUUAAAAACAAACUGGUCUUUCAUUUUCAUAAUCCACUGAAGUUUGACCUUCAUGAAGUUUAUUUGUAAACCUUAUUCACUCAUUCAGACUUAAUAUUUUUAGGAAAGUUACUUCAGAAUUUCAUAUCAUAAAACAUAUUUUAGAAAAAUUCUCUAACUUUUUAGGCACAUUUACCCAGCAUUUCAAAUAAAUAUAGAGGCAUGUACCUUGUUUUAAAUAAAUACAAUUUAUAAGCCUCAUGUUUGCAAGUUAUAUAUUAGGGUAGCAAUUGUUGACAUUACCAGAGAGUCCACACUUUACAAAAAAUGGUCUGCCAUAAAAUUUUUCUGUUCCAUUUUAAAUUAUUCUGAUUUUAAAAUAGUAACUUCUUCUAAAUUCUCAGGAAGAAAUAUGUGAAGCAAAGCUUGUAUUCAUGUCUGUUUUCAGAUUUCUCCUUUUAUUCUAAUACAGUUCCUAGCACCCUGCAAUCUUAGUAGGUUAAACACUGAAUCCCUGGCAGCCUCUUAGGGAUCCCAUAAGUAGAUGAUGAGAAUUUUCAGUGCUUUUUUUUGUUUAAUGGAAAUCAAACUGACUUGUGUUGUACACGUUGUCUGAUGGUAAGAUUACAUGAUCUUAAAGGGGAUUUAGGUGUUCUGCAACUGUUAGCUGUGAACCCUUAUUGUAGCUAACAUUUAUAAAAUUUUAUAGUCAAAAUUAUUUAUUUUUUUUAGGAUGUGUCAAAAACGUGUAGUAUUUGCUUUUUGAAAUAUGUUUGCCUACCUAGAGCUGGAGAAUAUACUGUGACUGAGAAAUUGUAAACAGUCCUUUUUGCUGUAAAAAUGACUACUACCAGCAUGUCAAAAGAAAAGUGGUGUGCAUUUGUAAUAUAAAGUAAAAUUGUACUUAAUGUAUACUAUGGAAUUUUAAAUUUGCACUGACCAAAAAAUUUAAAGAUGAUAUUAAUUUACAGAUACAUGUGGAUCCGAAUACGUAAUUUGUACUUGUUCCGCCGAAAAGGUCAAUAGAACGGGUGAUAAUUUCAUGUGGUUUUCCCUCAAGCUGAUAAUACUGAAACAAGAACCAGCACUUUAUAUUCAGACUUAAAAAAAAAAAUUCUACCUAAUUUGGGAUAGGAACGUAGGUAGAGGCAGAUUUAUUAAAAUUUCUAGACAUUUAAAAAGAAAAAAUAGUGCUGUUACUCUGUCUCAAUCUGAAUGAAGGUCUGUCCUCAGCAACAAGACAGAAGAGGGUGUGGGGUUUUGCCUUUUAAAAGUAUAUGCCUGCCUUUCUCAGAUUUUCCGCUGGAGGCUCAUCUCCUGUUUCUCAGAGUACGCUCUGCAGGCUGUCUGUAGUGUCAGAAUCACCGUGGGAGCUGGCUGACAGUGUGGCUGCCUGAGCCCGGGAACCAGCCCUUGACUUCAGGAAGCGGGGUAUCUGGAGAUACGGGACGUCUGCACCUCUGGCGCUUCUGAUCAACUGACACGUUAAAGUUACUCAUCUCUACCUCCUGUGUCCACCCGGGGCUUUUGCCCGAUAGAUACCAGGCCGAACAUCUGAAUUAAUUAGAUACUCUUAAAUUGUUUUUCCUUUAAAGGAACUCGGAAAAACUUGUCAUAUCCUAUCCAAAUUGAUAAGCUGUAUUACAUAAAAGUUGGUAGCCCCAGGUUUUCCUGCGGAGCUGUGUGGGUUUGGGGCUGUGAUCCGUGGAGUCUUGGAGGACAGGCGGUGCUUCAGGGCUGGUGGAAUGGACCCCUGGAGAGCCCCUGCUCUCUCCCCAUGCUGGGGUGCUGCUCCAGAUCAGAUUCCAGUAGACAAAGCACUUCCUUUUUUCUAAAACAAAAAUUCCACUACUUUCUUUCAAAGAGUUUGGAAGCCAUUAUAAUGACUCUGUCAGCUGGUUAAUUUUCUACUGAUUUUUACAUUAAAAAGAGUAUUUUGGAUGUCUCGGUUGCUGCUUGGAAUAUGGCCACUUGGCUACUUCUCACAUUUUGAAGGCAUUUUGUUGAAUAGUAAAGCACUGAUUUAGCCCCUGUUCCUCAUACUUCUGAUUUUAGUAAAGUAUAGAAAUGGUCGUGCAUUUAAUUCAUUUUAGUUUUGUAGAUAUACACUCAGUGCAUGAGGUUCACAGGUUUCAAAGAGGAAUAUUCUAAGGUUCUGGAGAAAGAAUUUUAAAAAGUCACCCUCUAAUAUGGACGUUCACAAAACUAAAUGAUUGAGGUUAGUCAUCUACAGAAAUGUCUGCAGAAAAUGUCACCUAAAGGCUAUAAAUUUACAUGUACUGCUGAUGGUAGACCUGGGACACUUCCUCAGUCUCUGCAAACGUCCCCCAGGCCACUUCACCGCUAAAGGGAAAUGUCAAGGCAGGAUGCGCUUUACAAAGUAAACUACAGGAAGUCGCCAUCUCGUGGUGCUUUGUGAUGACUGACCCGAAACGUGGAAGAGAGCUGGCAAGUUAGGUUGCUUUCCUUGUUGCUCUAACGUUGUCCAGGCAAGGGGACUUCCUGAUCAGAUGAGCCUGGGCUAUUGAGCAAACUCCUACAGUAAGGAAGGGCACUUUGUGUACACCUGGGUGACGAUGGCUCAUGAGAACACUUGUUCUUAGUACUCCCGUUCUGGGCUCCGCCAGCACUCUCUCUCUCCAAUUUGAUCAACCAGAAUGAGCCCAACAGAUAAACUCUGAUUUUAAUUCUGUUUUAUGCAAGUUUAGAGCAGCCAGAUCCGUGGCCCUGAUUACUUGCAGGUGAACUGACGGAACUGGCUCUUGUGAACCCACAGUGUCAAGGAUGAGCAGCUCGAGCAGCCAGCUGGUCCUGUGCACUUUCUACCCCCUUGGCCUCCGUACUGUGUCCCUAUCACGAAUGACCCUGUGUUAAUUGCUUUCGUUGAGUCUGUAAUGUGGUCAAUGCUUGACAGAAAAACAUGAAUUAAAGCAUCUGAUGUUGAAGAUGUUUGCUUGUUUUUUAAUAAAAUGUAAAGCACAGCAUUUGAAAAGUA